UCUCUCUCUUUCUCUCUCGGCUGUUGCGCUCUUUCCCUCUCUCUGUAAAUGCUAUCGUCUGUUCAAAUUCCAUAGUCGCCUAGCCGGCUGCACUUACUUUCAUACGCUAUAAACGUUUGCUGGGUCUGAAAAUGCAAUGUUGAUGGGAAGAACGUUCUAAUGUCCUUCUGGGGAAUACAAGGGCGACACGACACUGUUUCAAGAUAGACAGAGGUGUCCUCACACGCGUAUCACAAUGGAUCUCUCAUUUAUGGCUGCGCAGUCGGUCAUGGCGGGGGCCUUCAUGGACUCGCCCAAUGAUGACGACAGCACGGACCACUCACUUUUCAACUCCUCGGCCAGCGUCCACGCCGCCUCUAUGGCGGCCCAUGACCAGCCGGAGCGGGAGCCCAUGUCCCGCGACGCCAUCUGGCUUUGGAUUGCAAUCACCGCCACCAUAGGGAACAUUGUGGUCGUGGGAGUGGUGUACGCUUUCACUUUCUGAGUGGUGGAAGCCAUGAUGGAGACAUGCCAGCAGGAGGAAGCUUCUGGACAAGACAUUUGGACAUGAGCUAGGAACACCACAGCAGCCAACGGCCACUCUCAAAGGCUACACUGUUACAGAACAGUGAAUGAUUCUUGCAUUGGCAUCUUGUCCAAUCAUUUGAAAGACAAGGCAUUGUUCACAAUUACAGAAAUUAAUGUGUAAUAAGUUGGUCAUGUUACUGCAGCCAAAGGUCAAAAUAUGGAAUAUUGUAUACAUUAGUGCUGUUGACUAUACAUUAAGAUGUGAACAUUUCUGAUGAAGCUUUCUGAUGAAGCUUUAAAUAGUGAACAGUGAUGUACUCUGAAUACCCUCAGAUGUCAUUGGUCAAUUCUUUAAUCAUUGGACGUAAAAUAUUCAGAUAAUAAAACCUUAGUAACGUGCUGUUUGGAGCAUUUAGAGAUCAUUGUAUGGAAAGUAACACUGGUAAGUUUUAGCAUGUCUUUAACAUCACAGUCGUUACUGUAUUCUACAUCUGCCCGAAAUAUGGAGUUUAUGACAAACAUACUAGACACAAAAUGUCUAAAGAUCUUUACUGUCUGCAUGACAAUAUAGUUCACCUGACAGUAUCCGUUUUGGAUUAAGUUAAUCUAGUUCUCCGCUUUUCUCCUCUUUUUUGCCUCAGUGAGCCUUGAGUGCUGAAUAGACAAUCUUUUCCCAGCAUAUUUAUAUCUAAGAUGGUAUGGGUAACCUAAAUCUAUUUCUCUUAAACACCCCUAUCAGACCUCAAACCCAUAUGAGCAGGAACUACAAUUUAUAGGAAUGGAUGUUCACCUUGAACACUUUUCACAGAUGUUUACAUGUGGAAACAACAUUCCUCACACUGAGAAGUCACUUGGAUUCAAGUCUAGUGUACAUACAUCUUGAUGUGACUGCAGUAACCAUUUCAAUGUCGGUCUUGAUGUAUAUUUUGAUCGAGUAUUAUCUUUCUUCCUCUUUAUAGUCUCAAAACACAUUGUAACCCAAACUGCCUUCCAAGCCAAAUAGUUUUAAUGAGCCCUGGAUGUGACAAUAGCCAGUUGCCAUAGCGAUGCAUCUCUGUCGCUAUGUGCCUCAAGGAUACCAUGUCUCUCGUUCCCAGUGCAGCACACCUGUUUAUCUCUCUCUAAACUCCCUAGCACAUCUACCCAACAUACUCUCUCUCACACACACACACACACACACACACACACACACACACACACACACACACACACACACACACACACACACACACACACACACACACACACACACACACACACACACACACACACACACACACACAGGCUCUUUACAUGUGGACAUCGAUCACAUCAUACAUUAGCUGAUAAUGUUAUAGACCAAGAGUCAACUUAGAUACCAUAGGUUGAAUGAUACUCUACACAUAUGAGCUUUAGAGCUUAAAUAGUUUUAUACUGCUGGUUGCCCUUAGAUAUCAUGAGCAUUUCAUAUUGUAGAGCAGGGUUCUCCAACCCUGUUCCUGGAGAGCUACCCUCUAGGUGUUCUCUCCAACCCUGUUCCUGGAGAGCUACCCUCCUGUAAGUGUUCUCUCCAACCUUGUUCCAGGAGAGCUACCCUCAUCUAGGUGUUCUCUCCAACCCUGUUCCAGGAGAGCUACCCUCCUGUAGGUGUUCUCUCCAAACCUGUUCCUGGAGAGCUACCCUCCUGUAAGUGUUCUCUCCAACCUUGUUCCAGGAGAGCUACCCUCAUCUAAGUGUUCUCUCCACCACUGUUCCUGGAGAGCUACCCUCCUGUAGGUGUUCUCUCCAACCUUGUACCAGGAGAGCUACCCUCAUCUAGGUGUUCUCUCCACCCCUGUUCCUGGAGAGCUACCCUCCUGUAAGUGUUCUCUCCAACCUUGUUCCAGGAGAGCUACCCUCAUCUAGGUGUUCUCUCCAACCCUGUUCCAGGAGAGCUACCCUCCUGUAGGUGUUCUCUCCAACCCUGUUCCUGGAGAGCUACCCUCUAGGUGUUCUCUCCAACCCUGUUCCUGGAGAGCUACCCUCCUGUAAGUGUUCUCUCCAACCUUGUUCCAGGAGAGCUACCCUCAUCUAAGUGUUCUCUCCACCACUGUUCCUGGAGAGCUACCCUCCUGUAGGUGUUCUCUCCAACCCUGUUCCAGGAGAGCUACCCUCAUCUAGGUGUUCUCUCCAACCCUGUUCAA